AUGGCUUCCAACCAAGAUAAUCAUGAAGUCCAUAACCUUCUCACAUCCCUCAACAACCACCAAGAAAUAGGCCGGAAAAACGCCGGGGAGUCCGGCAAUAGUGUAAACAUCAUCACACUUGCAGGAGCUAACCAAGGUGCCUCAAUGAGAUCAGCAAGAAUGGAUCAUGAAAUGGUGAAUGAUAAUGGAGUUUUGUAUGGCUUUGAGGAUAAGUUGAUCAUGAAAGCUUGUACUAAUAGUAAUUUUCAGGCUGUUACUAACUGUUUAAUGUUAAAAGGGAGAUGCACUGCUGGAGAUCCUGGUGUGCAUUUGGAAUUCUCUGAGGACUUUGUAGAUGUUCAUGGAGAUGACAAGGAGAAGAGAAAUGAGAGUAUCAUUAGAUGA